AUUAAACUAGAUUGAAAAAACAUUGUAGCAUUAAAAAUAGGUGAGUUGUGUGUUCCACUACAGAUCUUUGCGUAACUGAUUCUUGUAUGGCCACAAUGUUCCAAUACAGAUGUUUAAAAAAACAAAACACUAAUCAUUACUCAAAGCUUUAUCGGUUAUCCACAAUUUAAUUAUACAAGCAGGCAUACAUAUGAUGUCAAACGUUCAGCUUUGGUUGAAGGUUGUCUAAUGCCAUUAGUAUAAUUGAUAUAAUACCUUGACACGUUUCCUCAGUCAUAGGUAUGAAAAACACUGGCCCUUAAAAUGUGAUAUAAUAGCAACAUGUACAUUUAACAUUAACUGCUGUGCAUUACACAGCAGUUACAUUCAGUUCAUUGGUCCUGUGCAAGAUAUUCGGACCCAGAGGCGUCAAAAUCGCCACAGCAUUAUAGUCCGUCCACCUUUUGAGAUGAGGUUUUGAAGUUUAGGUACUCAGGCGUCAAAAUCGCCACAGAGCAUUAUAGUCCGUCCACCUUCUUUUGAGAUGAGGUUUUGAAGUUUAUGUGCUGUUUUAUAUGGCAUGUUCUCCACAAGUGUAAGGUGCGUACACUUACCAGCAAACAAAAACGCCUCUCAUUAAUCUUUUUUUUUUAAUUGACUUUGGAGAAUUACUAGCGUUUGUUUCUUUCAUCUAGUUCAUUGUAGACCGAGGCUUCUUCCCUUCAUGCGUCAUCACGGAGCGCCCGAAAUAAUCGGACUUGGCGCCAAAGAAGACUGGAAGAGUUAGCGUCACGUACUACAGAAACAAUUAAAACAACCAGCUAAUCAUUAGCGACAGCUGUAGAAGAUGGAUAUACGCAGGUUCUUUGCGCCCACAAAACCCGCGGCGCCCAAACCCACCCAGGGCAGUACCAGUACUGACCAAGAUCACGCAAGGAAUAAAAAGAAACCGUCCUCCAAGAUCACAAGCCCUAAAUCUGAUAAACGCUCAGUAAAACGAAAGAAAAGACUAAUUGUCGAUUCAGAGUCUGAGGAGGAAGAAGAGAAGAAAGAAGGAAAACAGAAGAAAGAUCCCAAAGAGAAGAAUGCUUCCUCAGGAAAGAAGAACCCUGUUACUUAUGUGUCUGAUUCAGAUUCGGACGAAGUGUUCACAUCGCUGAAAAAGUCCUCCAAACCUGGCAAGAAUGGAUGUAGCCAGAUGACUUCACACUUGGGAAAGUCAGAGGAGGCACAAACUGCAUCUCUCAAAUCACCGGUCACGUCCUCGGCACCCAGCUUGAAGAGGGGGACGAAGAACGGAGUCAGUUUGACCCCAACAAAGGCAGCUGCGCCCCAGCCCAGGUACACCCCCACCUCUGUAGUGGAUUACUUCGGCAGCAGCGUCAUCCAGAGGUCGGACAAGAAACUCGUGGCUGCUACCAGCACCAAGAGAAAAGCACCAGUACAAGACCAUGAGUCGUCGUGCAGUGAUGAGCUCAUUGCGAAACAGUUGCAGAUGGAUGAGGACAUAGAGUUGGAGAAGCAGAUCCAUGAAGAUGAAGAGUUUGCAAAAACGUUGGCCAUGUUGGAUGAGGCCCCAUUGCCUAAAAAGGCCCGUGUAGACACCAUCUCGCCCUUGAAAGACAGUUCCAGGACCAGCUCUGCGGACACCAAGGCUAAGGCAAAGAGUGAUUCACCGAAGCAGAGCCCCGUGAGGGCAAGUUCCAAGCUGGCCCUGCUCAAAAGGAGAGCUGACAAAGAGGAGGAGCGAAAGAAAAACAAGCAGGAAAAGAAAGGCAAGAUGGUCGUCUCUCCGAAAAAAGAGCCAGCCACCCCAACCACAUCGGAGAUGGCGGUCACGCCCAAAACGGACAGGGCGUUUGCCGCAGCCUCCAAAUCAAGAAGCUUUUCCACACCUAAGAGUGGCAGUAGUAAGACGUCUCCCACAAAGCCUGAGACUAGUCCAGAGGACUCUGAGAAGAAGCGGGUGAAUUCAGCAGCUUACCGCAGCUACCUUAACCGAGAGGGACCUCGUGCCCUGGGCUCCAAGGAGAUCCCUCAGGGAGAGGAGAACUGCCUGGAAGGCUGUGUGUUUGUGCUGACAGGGGUUUUGGAGUCUAUGGAGCGGGAAGAUGCAAAGUCAUUAAUUGAGCGAUAUGGUGGUAAAGUUACUGGGAAUGUGAGCCGCAAAACCACGUACCUGGUGUUGGGCCGUGACAGCGGAGCCUCCAAGACGGAGAAGGCCCACAGUUUUGGAACCAAGAUCCUAAAUGAGGAUGAACUGCUGGACCUGAUCCGAACCAAACCUGGCAAAAAGUCCAAAUAUGAAAUCGCAGCUGAGGCUGAGAAUAAACGCACUAAAUCACAGACCCUGGGCUCCAAAGGCAAAGCCACCCCUCCACGGCUGAAGCACACACCCCUGGGGCCAAGCCCAGCCAAGAAGAGCCUAUCGGCGGGAAAGACCCGGGCUGUUUCCACUUCCAGCCCUGGAACCUCCAGAGCUUCCCCCCGACGUGGCACUGCAUCCGAUGUGAAGAAGAGCCUGAAGUUUGGCUGCGGAAAGACCCUGCCCCCUGCACCACACCAUGCCACAGAUGGUGACACCUGCAGCUUGCUGUGGGUGGAUAAGUACCGUCCCCGCAGCCUGAAGAAUCUGAUAGGACAGCAGGGAGAGCAGAGCUGUGCCAAUAAGCUGUUGAGAUGGUUGCAGCAUUGGCACAAGCACCACAGAGGCGAUACCAAAACAGCACCUAGGUUUGGUAAGUUUGGGGGAAAGAAUGAUGGUUCUGGUUUUAAGGCUGCCCUGUUGUCUGGGCCCCCGGGUGUAGGGAAGACCACUACUGCUGCCCUUGUGUGUGAGGAGUUGGGCUACAGUUACGUGGAGAUGAACGCCAGCUCCACACGAAGCAGGACCAGUCUGAAAGAAGUGAUUGCCGAGUCCCUCAAUAACACAAGCAUUAAGAACUUCUACUCAGGUACAUCUCAAACAGUCAGCGAUAAGCAUGUUCUUAUCAUGGACGAGGUGGACGGUAUGGCAGGAAAUGAAGACAGAGGUGGAAUACAGGAGUUGAUUGGUCUGAUAAAGCAGUCGAAGAUCCCCAUCAUCUGCAUGUGUAAUGACCGUAACCAUCAGAAAAUCCGCUCGCUUGCCAACUACUGCUUCGACCUGCGCUUCCAGCGCCCCCGUGUGGAACAGAUAAAGGGUGCUAUGAUGUCCAUUGCUUUUAAAGAAGGUUUAAAGGUCCCGCCUCCAGCACUCAAUGAAAUCAUUCUGGCAACGAAUCAGGACAUUCGGCAGGUGCUGCAUAAUCUGAGCAUGUGGACGGCCACAGACAAAGUCAUGACCUAUGACCAGGCAAAAGCGGAUGCUAAGAAUGCCAGGAAGGACAUGAAAAUGGGUCCAUUUGACGUAUGCAGAAAAGUGUUUACCUCAGGAGAGGAGACCGCCCACAUGUCUUUGAUUGACAAGUCAGAUCUUUUCUUCCAUGACUACUCACUAGCGCCACUGUUUGUCCAAGAGAACUACAUUCAUGUACGACCAGCUGCAGCAGGGGGAAAUCUGAAGAAUUAUUUGGUCUUGCUGAGUAAAACUGCAGACAGCAUCUGUGAUGGAGAUCUAGUGGACAAACAGAUCCGUUCUAAACAGACCUGGUCUCUACUACCCACACAGGCGAUCUAUGCCAGUGUACUGCCUGGUGAGCUGAUGCGAGGUUAUAUGGGUCAGUUUCCCACUUUCCCCAGCUGGCUGGGCAAGAACUCCGCCACGAACAAACACAGUCGUAUCGUACAGGAGUUGGCCUCACACAUGGGCCUGAAGACUUUGUGUAGUAAGGAUGCGGUGAAUCUGGACUACCUGCCUUAUCUGCGCUCUGCGCUAUUAGUGCCUCUGCAGUCACAUGGAGCAGAGGGAACCAGUCAGACUGUAAAGCUCAUGGAUGACUAUGACAUCAUCAAAGAGGACUUUGACAGCAUCAUUGAGAUCAGUAGCUGGGGUGGACAGCCUGAUCCCUACUCCAGGCUCGACUCCAAGGUGAAAGCUGCAUUCACACGUGCGUACAACAGGGAGUCCCACCUGACCCCAUACUCAAUACAGAUGGUGAAGAAAGGUCGCCGAAGUACCACCGAUUUUGAGAGCUUAGACCCUGAAAAUGACCUCCAAGGGCAGGAAGAGGAGGAGGAAGAGGAAGGUCUCACUGCUGAUGCCAUGAUCAGGCGGAAGAAGACUAAACUCACCAAAGAGCCCAAACAGGAGAAAGCAGGGGAUUCUGGGAAGGGAAAGGGCAAGGGCAAAGGAAAGGGCAAGAAGUGAAUGGUGGCCUGAACUGAGUCGUGUCACACUGACCAAACACAUUUCAUACGCCGGUGCCCUUCUCUUGCCUCUUCUGCUUACUUAAUAAAGGGAAGGGUAAAAACGGCAGGCAGUAAAGACUAGACGACCCCAAGGCUGCCAAAAGGUCAGCAUUAACAAGGAUGAAGGCCUAAGAGUAGUAGGUGAUUUCAUCAUAUUGUAAUUACAAAGAAGAGGAUAGCUGCUUUAGCCUAUUAUUCUGACCUCUUCCGCUGGACAGCCCUCAGGAACAAGGUCAACCAAUCAAAACGGACCAGAGACACGCAAUGCGCACACGUACAAAAUCACACCCUUCUUUGGUAAAUAUUCUUUGAUGACAAAUCUUUCUCUUUACUUUCUCUCCCUAUACACCUCUCCUAACAGCUCUUCUCGGGUUCUAGAAGCACUAUGCAGAACUUACACACUUUUAUUUUGUGUUUUACUGAGACACAUAUAUGCACUCUAACUCCUCAUAUGCAACUCAAACAUGUAAAUAUGUAUGUGCUGUGUAGCACUUCUGUGUUGGUAUUUUCUAUGAGGGCACCUUGACAUACACACUGACAGCAAAGUUUACUGGGCUUGUAGAGUACUGUACAUGACUUGUCAUUUUCACCAGGUAAUUAAAGAGUGUAAUCCUGA